AUUUUACUCUUUAAGUAGAAGAUUCAAGCCAACUUUUUCGGCUGGCGCGGUCACCUCUGUUGUUCUUCUUGUAAGUCAAUUGUUGGCUGGGGUUUAUGUCUUUGCAACCGCACGAAGAAGAAGGGUUCCUUUAUCCAAUAUACCUUGUUGUCUGUGUAGCUGCUUCAGCUGUCAUUGGGAGCUUUCCUGAUCUUUUCCGAGACAAGUAUAAUCCCCAGGACAAUUCUUGGCUGGUUUUGAUAGCCAAAUUUGUUAGGCCUGUGGUUCUUGGCCUGAUAUUAUCUGCAUCCCAGGCUCGCACGUUUUCAUUGAUAAAUGGUUGUGGUGCUCGUAUUGAGGUUUACAAAAUUUUGGAGCACGAUGAUGAUGUAGGGAAAGGUAUGAUCUAUUUUGUAGUACACUGCAAGAACGUUCUCACUGAUUUUAUUUAUCGGGCGGUGCUACUGCUCUUGCAACAUGUUGUGUUGAAAAACGUCAUCUGCUGUCUUAGACCUUCUAACUCUUAAUGAACGCAAGAAGUCUAUAUUACAUGUGUCAAUUGUCAAUUUUUUAAAACUUUGUUGCUGUGGCUUGUUUUGGUGAUGGAGAAAGUAAACUGUGACUAGUCAGCAAUGUACUCGAGAAUACUUGUAAAUGUAGCAAAAUGUAUGGGCAGUAGCUUCUGGAUGGAAAACAAACGAGUUCUAAUUAGAAGAUUGGUGUACUUGUUGCUCUACCUCUAGGGUUUCCUGAAGAUUGCAGGUUCUACUCUGUGUCGGAAGUGAAUGACAUCGAUUUCCUUCAUCAUUUUUUGUUCCUGAAUACAUCAGUGCAGUUUGGUGGAUUGAUGAUGGAUUCCAAGGUCUUCUUCCAUUACUUUUCAAUUCUACCCUGUGUGGGAAUGCAGCAGCAACCCUUUACUUUAACAACAAGAAGAACAGGGCAUCGAAUGAG